CGAGGAACCCUAAAAGCAUCUCAACAGAGGAAGAAAGCCUUUCGAAGCUGAGUACAACGAGGCAUCCCGGGCAAAAGAAAUAACAAAAAAAUCCAAAAGAAAUACAUUUCAGCUGAAGAACUUAACCUGAUUCUGGUUCGGAAUGCUUCUUCUACCGUUUGUUGUCCUUUUGGGGACAGCAGUCACGGUGUACAGCGAAAAGCAUUCCCUCACUUACAUCUACACAGCCUUCUCCAAGCCAGUGAAUCUCCCAGGGUUACAUGAGUUCACUGCUAUGGGUUUACUGGAUAACCGGAUGAUUGACUACUAUGACAGUGAGAACCAAGUUAAAGUUCCCAAAGAGGACUGGAUGGAAAAACAUCUUGAACCAGAGUACUGGGAGAAAGGCACCCAGUCCAGAAAGAGCAAGCAGCAAUGGUUCAAGGUCAACAUCGACAUAUUGAUGAAACGAAUGAGACAGAAUAACAACGACACUCAUAUUCUUCAGUGGAUGCACGGCUGUGAGGGUGAAACUCAGCCUGAUGGCUCACUGAAGUUUGUCCGUGGGAUGGACAUGUACAACUAUGACGGAAGCGACUUUCUGUCCUUUGAUGACAACAAGCAGGUUUGGGUUGCUCCAAUUCAUGCAGCAGAAGAAACCAAGAGGAAGUGGGAUGAGGUCCAGGUGCUGAAGGAAUACACCAAGGGCUACCUGGAGAAGGAGUGCAUGGAAUGGAUGACCAAGUUUAGAGGCUUUGGGGAAGAGCAGCUUUUAAAUGCCAAGAGACCUGAAGUGCAUUUGUUCACUCGUAAAGCCAAGGCGGAUACUAACACAAUUUUGACGUGCCUGGCUACGGGCUUCUAUCCAAAAGACAUCAUUCUGCAGAUCAAAAGAAAUGGGCGUAUCUUAACUAAAGAGGACGGGAUUCAGACCUCUGGAGUUCUCCCAAAUGAGGAUGACACCUUUCAGAGAAAAGACCAUGUGGAGAUUUUGAAGUCUGAUGCUGCCGCCUACACCUGUGAAGUCAUUCAUCCUGCCUCUCACAUGAAGGUUGAAAAGAAAUGGGAUCACAAUUGCAACGAAGAUAAACAACUUCCUUACGACAUCAUCAUAGUGGUCGCAGUAUCUAUGCUGCUGUUUGUUGUUGGCGGAGUUCUUGUUUUUCUGUUUUGGUACAAAAAGAUGAGAUGCCCACUUCGCAACAGUGAUGCCACCAAAUCCCAAAACAAUGGGUACAAUGGUGUCAAUGUAAUCCAAGUCAGUUGCUCCAAUGGUCACAUGACCCAUAGCAAUGGUACAGGCGAUCACAGCACUAUCAUACCCCUCAUGAGUGAAACUGAAGGAAACGCUGGAGGAGAGGGAGACAACAGCAUCCAAGGAAACGCUGGAGGAGAGGGAGACAACAGCAGCCAAGAAAGUGGGAUUUCAUCUGGACAAUCGGAUAAAAAGAGCUCAGACGGAUCUCUUGACACGAAUGACUCUGGAGCUGGUUCCAAAGAAUCCAGCGAUUAAAGGCAGACUCCUCAGUCAAGUAAUUCAGCGUUCAAUGGAAAGUGAUGAUCAUCUGAACCCUGGUUAGAUGACUGCAAACGUCACUGCAGCCUGAAUAACCAGUUUGGCGCAUAUUUUUAACCCAUGACAUGGAAACUUGGAGCACUUUUAUUCUGUUGGUUUGCCUCUGAGGCUCUUUGUAGUUAGGGAAGCUGCAGUUCGAUAGAUUUUUCUUACGUGUGUUUAAAAAAACAUGCUUUUUAUUCUUUAAGCUGCUUUGUCAUACAGGC